AGUCGGCGAUGGCUGGAAUGGUGUGAUGGCUGCGGCCUCUCGUCGUCAUCUCGGCAACAGGAAGAAAAUGUUAGCAGAUUUGAAACUCUUCUAACUGAACUUACCAACAGGUCCGCUCGGACUUCAUCUCCCCCAACCCCAGCAGGCAUUUAAGUCAGCCUUUAAAGAAGACGAAGGGGGGAGAAAAAAAAAAUAAAAUAAUGUCGCUGUUCCAAUCGGCGCUCGAUUUCCUCGCCGGGCCCGGCUCGGUCGGAGCGGCAAGCCGGGACCAGAACGACUUUGUGGGGCAGAUGGUCGAGCUGGGCGACAUGAAACUGCGGAUCAAGAGAGUGAUUGCGGAAGGUGGCUUCGCCUUUGUGUACGAAGCCCAGGAUAUCAGCAAUGGUAAAGACUACGCUCUCAAGCGGCUCUUGUCCAACGAGGAUGAGAAGAACAAGGAAAUAAUCCAGGAGGUUUGCUUCAUGAAAAAGCUGUCGGGACAUCCCAACGUGGUCCAGUUCUGCUCAGCCGCCUCUAUUGGCAAAGAGGAGUCGGACACGGGACAGGCCGAGUUCCUCAUCCUAACUGAGCUCUGCAAAGGCCAGCUGGUGGACUUCCUGCGGCGGGUGGAGCAGCGCGCCCCUGUUUCCUGCGAUACAGUGCUGAAGAUUUUCUACCAGACGUGCCGCGCUGUGCAGCACCUGCACAAACAGAAGCCCCCAGUUAUGCACAGAGACCUCAAGAUUGAGAACUUGCUGAUUAGUAACCAAGGAACCAUCAAAUUGUGCGACUUUGGCAGCGCCACCACUGUGGCACAUUACCCCGACUACAGCUGGUCAGCACAGAAGAGGUCCAUGGUGGAGGACGAGAUCACGAGGAACACCACUCCAGCGUACCGGACCCCGGAAAUGAUCGACCUGUACUCCAACCACCCCAUCAAUGAGAAGCAAGACAUCUGGGCCCUGGGCUGCAUCCUCUACCUGUUGUGCUUCAAGCAGCACCCGUUCGAGGAGGGCGCCAAGCUGCAGAUCGUCAACGGGAAGUACUCCAUGCCGCAGAAUGACACCAAGUACACAGUCUACCAUGACCUCUUACGCUCCAUGUUGAAGGUGAACCCAGUGGAUCGUCUCUCCAUCACAGAGUUGGUGAACCAGCUUCAGGAAAUAGCGGCGGCACGAAACGUCAACCCCAAGUCUCCCAUCAUUGAGCUCCUGGAGCAGAAUGGAGGGUUCGGGAGUCACGGGGCCGUGGCUACGACAAUGACAGCGGCGGUGGCACCCUCGCAGAUACAACACAAUGUACACAGCAAUGCAGGCAUCUAUGAUCCCGACCAGUCAGGCAGUGGCUUUCUGGACAUCCUCAAAGGAGGAACUGAGCGCUUCCUGACCAACAUCAAAGAUACCUCCUCCAAGGUCAUCCAGUCCGUAGCCAGCUAUGCCAAAGGUGAUCUGGAUAUAUCUUACAUAACCUCCAGAAUAGCAGUCAUGUCAUUCCCGGCGGAAGGGGUGGAGUCGGCGAUUAAGAACAACAUCGAGGAUGUGCGCCUAUUCCUGGAUUCGCGGCACCCAGGACACUACGCCGUCUACAAUCUCUCCAAGCGGUCAUACAGGCCGUCCCGCUUCCACAACCGGGUUUCUGAAUGCAAAUGGCAGGUGCGCCGUUCGCCUAACCUACGCAGUCUGUAUAGCGUGUGCAAGAACAUGCACCAGUGGCUCAAGCAGGACCAGAGGAACAUCUGCGUGGUCCACUGCCUGGACGGCAGGGCAGCGUCUGCUGUGGCUGUUUGCUCCUUCCUAUGCUUCUGUCGCCUCUUCACCACGGCCGAGGCGGCAGUCUACAUGUUCUCCAUGAAACGAUGCCCGCCCGGCAUAGCCCCCUCACACAAGAGGUACAUUGAGUACAUGUGUGACAUGAUGGCAGAGGAGCCCAUCAUCCCGCACUGCAAGCCCAUGGCGAUCCGCGCUAUCAUAAUGACACCCGUGCCACUCUUCAACAAACAGCGCAAUGGUUGUCGGCCCUUCUGCGAGGUCUACGUUGGCGACGAGAGGGUCCUCACCACCUCGCAGGAGUAUGACAGAAUGAAGGAUUUUAAAAUGGAGGACGGAAGCGCAGAGAUUCCCCUGAAUGUGACCGUCCAAGGAGACGUGUUGGUGGUGAUAUACCAUGCCAGGUCCACGCUGGGAGGACGUCUGCAGGCCAAGAUGGCCUCCAUGAAAAUGUUUCAGAUCCAGUUCCACACAGGUUUCGUCCCAAGAAAUGCCACCACUGUGAAGUUUGCCAAGUACGACCUGGAUGCCUGCGACAUCCAGGAGAAAUAUCCAGACUUGUUCCAGGUCAACCUGGACAUCGAAGUAGAGCCCCAUGACCGACCAAAUGCCAAGACCCCGCCAUGGGAAGGCUUCCAAACCAAGGGCCUCAACCCCAAAAUCCUCUUCUCAUCUCGCGACGAGCAGCAGGAGAUCCUCAGCAAGUUUGGUAAACCGGAACUGCCUCGUCAGCCAGGAUCCUCAGCAUUCUAUGACUCCAGUUUACCGCCACAGCAGCCUGAGGAAAAGCCGGAAAACUCUACCGCCACGGAACAGGAAUCUCCCAUGAGCAGUGACACUAACACCAACAACUUCUUCCAGACGCUAGAUUGGGAAGACGUCGGCGGGCCUCAGGAUGCCUCGGGUAUCCAAAUGGGAGGCUCCGCGAAUGACCAAGAAGACCUGAGCGACCACUCAGAAGAAGAGUCCUACUCGUACUCGGCCCCCAGCGGAGAACCUCUGUCGCGGGACACCAGUGAGCCGCUCUUUGAAGCCGACUUCCAGACUCCACCCCCCACCGAGGAGUUUCCCGCCAAUGACACAGCCGACCUGUUAGGUUUGAACUCCGAACCCCAACUCCCUCCACCGACGUCCUCAGCUGGCAUGAAGGCCUCCUCCAGCCACAGCGACCUGCUCAACGACCUGUUUGUGUCACCAGCUGGACACAUGGCGGCCGAGGAGGACUUGUUCUUCGGCAGCUCCAAACCCACGAGCGACCCAUUCGACCUGUUCGGGAUGGGCUCCAGCUCCAGCGUGGGCUCGUCACGGCAGGCCUCUGGACCAGACCUGUUCGGGGACUUGAUAGGUUCCGACAGUUCGGCACCGGCAAAAGCCGCUCCAACUUCCAAUCCUAGCCUCUUUAACCUCAAUAAAUUAGUGAACAAUGCUCCCAAGAUGACAUCAUCAGCCAGUCACCCAGACCUUCUGGGUGGAUGGGACAGCUGGGCGGCGAGCACAUCUGCGGGCAUGAGCUCCACUGCCAGCAGGCCCACCUUCAUCAGUACAGCUUCUAGCAUGUCGUCCAUGUCCAAGGCCAAGUCUCAGACCUUCGAUCCCUUCGCCGACUUGGGGAACCUGGGCUCCAAUUUACCAAGUUGUACUAACAGUAACUUCUCCGGGCCUACCAAAGCACCACCGUCGUCGUCGUCUUCCUCUUCGUCUUCGACAAACCCUCAAAGUUCCUCAUCCUGGCAGCCUGGCAGAGCCCCCCAGGGCCACAACAAGUCCUGGAAGUCCGGAUCCGGGUCUGCACCCAAAGCAUCGGCAGCCUCCCAGCCCGCUGGCCCGCAGGUCACCAAGCCCAACUACAACCUUAACUUUCCGAGCGUUAUCGGAGGUCGUGAGGAGAGAGGCAUUCGGGCUCCAGGAUUCGGCCCCAAGCCCAAAGUCAAGGAGGACGACUUUGGGGACCUGCUGUCCACUCAGGGCUUUUCAUCCAAGACAGAUAGAAAAGGGCCCAGGACCAUUGCAGAAAUGAGAAGGCAGGAGAUCACAAAAGAAAUGGAUCCCCUUAAACUGCAGAUCUUGGACUGGAUUGAGGGCAAGGAGAGGAACAUUCGUGCGCUGCUGUCUACGCUGCACACAGUGCUAUGGGAGGGCGAGACCCGCUGGAGGCCGGUGGGCAUGGCCGACCUGGUGACACCCGACCAGGUGAAGAAGUUCUACAGGAAGGCCGUCCUGGUGGUGCAUCCAGAUAAGGCGACUGGCAAACCUUACGAGGACUACGCUAAGAUGAUCUUCAUGGAGUUGAAUGACGCCUGGUCAGAGUUUGAGAACCAGGGAUCCAAAGCUCUCUUUUAGUAGAAAAAAAAAUGACACCCACACAAAAAAGAAGCCGGUCCGAACCAGGACUGGAUUUGAAAAAAUAUCGAGCCCCCCUGGGGCCUGAUUGGACAGGACUGAACCCACAUUGGGCCUUCCUUUUUGAGAGGGUAGUUGCACAGCCUCUGGGAGGUGUCCUCUCUUUCACUUUCUCUCCACAUCCUUACUACACCUUUAAGGAAAAAAAAUCCCUCUUCACUACCUUUCUACUUGCUGCAGAAAUCCAAGGAGUGACAAUCAGAGAGAGAACGAGGAAUUCCAGAAUGCUGAUGAACCGUCACAGAUUUUACAAACAAAAAAAUGCUACAUGCUAAAAUGCUAACAGCUGAUGUAUUGGUGCCUGUCAGUAUUGCGGACAAGCGUACAAAAUGGCUGCCAAACACUAAACGUAAUGCUUCUGCCAUUACAAUUGUUGCCACAUUUGCACUCAUACAUAUCCUAGUUAGCCUAGUGCUAAUUUCUGACAACAAAGCAACACCCACAUAAACAAAAGUGCUCUUUUUUUUGUUUUGUUUUUUUGUUUUUUGUUUUUUUGAAAGCCGUCCACUCGUGCUAUGCUUCGUUGCUAACCACUAACAAUUAGGCUCUUAAAGAUAGUGCGUUGAAUAUUCAGUUAGCGCCAUGCUGCACUUCAGCUAUUUACUAGCUUAUGCGGUUAGCAUCGGUUGCUAACAUCUGAGCUGAUGAUUUUGAUUGACAUCCAUCAACCGGAACAGGGUGAGUGAUUGAUCAGGUUUACAUAUUUUUGGGGGGUCCAUUGUGUGUGUAAUUAUUGUAAAUACAAAACAUCAAGUGACUUUGUGAAGAUUAUAUUUGAGUGGCAGGUCUUUGUACGUGUGUGAUUUUUAAGAAUGACAUCACACGCUGUUGUUAAUUGACUUCAUUGUUUUAGUUCACAUUUUUACCUCAUGGACCAAUCUGAUCACUUUUCUUAUUUAUUAUUAUUAUUGUUAUUAUUAGUUGUUGUUUUUGACAUUUUGUUCAUACCUGAUAAGAAUUGGGAGAAAGCAUUGGUCAGUUUUUCAUAUAUUAGAGAGUGAGUGGGACCUCUUUGAUUUCAUUCCAAAGUUUAAUAAGAAUUUGCUUUUUACAAAUAUAUCCUAUUUUGUUGUUUUACAGCUUUGUCUUUUUUUACUUGCUUUUUUGUUGCCAGUUUUUGAUUUGACAAUAUGAUCAUAAGUAUAAGGACAGACAAUAUCAAUACAGUUUUACUGUACCAGACAAAUUAUGGCAUAACUCAUAAACACGAAUGUAGAAAAAAAGGUGAUUAAAAGUUAUGAGGGAAAUA